CCGCCACUCGUUUUCCUUCGCGCUCGCAGCCAUGAAGUACGCCCUCGCCGCGGCUUUUUGCGCGCCUCUGGCGCAGCUUGUCGUUGCCCUACCCAGCCGUCAUGACCGCCGCGAUGUACAAUGCCCGUCUCUCGCUGCCAUCACGCAUACAGAAUGGCACAGUGCCAGCACUCAAACGGUGACCUCUAUCCAAACAAGCACCAUUACAGUCCCCUCUAUGAGGGUUGAAACACUCACUCUCUCGACGGUGCUGUCGACGCUGACAAUCCCCGGUGUUGGUCAUGUCACCACCAUCACUAUUCCCGGCCAAACUUCCACUGUCACGCUCCACAAGGAGCCGGUAACCGUCACGGCCCCGGGCAAAACAACGACUAUCAUGCUCUCUGAGGCCAGUCAUAUCACUACGAUGGCACUUCAGCCGACUACGGUUACAGUUCCUGGCCGAACCACUGUUAUUGCAUUCCCCGGGAACAACCAGGUUACGACAAUGACGUUGGAGCCGACGACCAUUACAGUUCCCGGUGGAGCAACAACUUUAACGCUUCCAGGAGCUGCCAAGACUGCCACUGUCACUCUCCCUGCUGUUGAUCAGGCUACCACUAUCACCGUUCAUGCCGCGGCUCCAGAAGCUAAAACUGUUACCAUCACGCUUCCUGCCGUUCAGACUAUGGCUAUGACUAUGCCUGGUGGCACGACCACUGUUACUCUGCCGAGCGAGGAGACAACCUUUACACUGCCCAACGGCAUCCGCACCGUUACCGCUCCUAUUAUUACACGCACCAUCACUCUGCCUGCGCAAGUCACAACUAUCACUGUCACCCCGACAAUUUCUUCCGCUGGCUCCCAGGCAUCGUCGAGCUUUGGCACAUCUCAGGAGAUUUCUUUUACUGGAGCCCAGACGCCUUUGACCGCUGCCAGCUCUCAAGCAUCUUCAAUUGGUGCUUCCUCAGCUCACACCUCUGGCAGUGCGGCGUCGACGGCGACCACUGCUGUGACUUCAAACACUGCCAGCACCGAGUCUUCCAGCAGCGGGCUGUCUACUGUUGCCGCGUCCGGAACUCCUACUUCCGAUGUCUCUACUUCUGCUGCUUCGCAAUCCACUGCUAGUACAGAGAGUACUGCGAUCACGGGCACUGACGUCUCCAGCGCUGGUACUUCCACCGUGGCUACGGAGACAUUAACCGCGGAGACAUCUGCUGUUGCCACUAGUACUUCCGGCGUCGAGACUGCCACUGCAGAGGAUUCCACUGCUACUGCUAAAGUCUCUACCAUUGCUACACAGACUUCCACAGCUGCUACUUCCGAAAAUUCUAUUGCUGAUGCCUCUUCCCCGACAGACGCAUCAGCCACCGCCACUCAAACCUCUACUGAUGACCCUUCCAUCACUGGGGCACUCACUACGGCUACUCAAACUUCCACUAAUGACGCCACCACUACUAUUGAGACGACUGCCGAGGAGGCUUCAACCGAAGUACCUGCUACCACCACUGAGUUUCUCACCGCUGAAGCUACUGUCACUUCCACCGAGACCUCUGCCGCUGAAGAUACCACCACGGCACCUUCCGAGACAGCUACCUUGACUGGCGAUAUCCCUGUGGUUACUACUUCAGAGCCUUCAGUUGUCACUUCUGUUGACUCCAUCACUACUACUAGCGAAGCUUCCACCGCUGCUGUCGAGACUGCUACAUCGACUGAGCCUACUGAUAGCAUUGUCGUUGAAACUGCUACGUCGACUGAGAGUACUUCUUCCAUUGAAACUUUAGCGACUACUACCGAAGAUUCUACCGCUACCACUGAGGCUGCUACUUCGACUGAAGAGCCCAGUGCCGUCGUCACGACCUCAGUAACCGACGCUAUCACGACUUCCAUCGCAACUAUUGCUACGACCCAAGCCACAACAACUGCUCGCACCUAUGCGCCUCCGGCUCCCACAAACGUUCUCGUAAACCCCAGCUUCGAGGGCGACUACGGAAUCCGGCCAUGGUCCGACUUCGGCACCUCGACCGUCUCUCAAGCAUACGCACCAGCCGAGCGCGUGCACAGCGGAACGUACUCGUGCUCGUUCCUCAUCAGCACCUACCCGGGCAGCUACUCCGGCAUCAGUCAGCAACUAACCGUCGUCCCCGGCUACGAGUACAAGCUGAGCGCGUGGUUCCAGCGCCAAUGGUGCUCCGCGGUGCCCGGCACGUUCGAGGCGUACGUCGUUAUUGGCACAGACUUCGCCAACCCGAUCAGUAUUCUUAAUACCAGGACCACGGCGUGCAAUUCCUGGACUGAGUUUACGGGAACGUAUACCCCGACGGCUGAGAGUAUUAUUCUUACUGUGAAGUACACUAACGAUGUGGAUCAAAAUGCUGGUAACGGUCGUAUUCAGUUUGAUGACGUUACUUUUACUCCGGUUUAAGGAGUGCAGCUUGUGCUUUGUUAGAGCUGAUGUGGAUUUUAAUUGCUUUAAAUGGAAGCGGCUCUGUCGAAAACAAAAAUAUUAUAUUAAUGACAUAAAAUUCUCCCGAC